AAAGUCCAUUCUCACACACUCACAAUGCUUUUAUUUUAUUUUUAAUUUUUGAGAAUGAAUGAAAUGAAGGAGAAUAAUAAUAUUAGUAGCGUGUGCACAAAUUCCAUGGAGAAAAGAGAAGGGAAGAAAGAGCUAACAAGAACAACAAUAUUAAAGACAGAGAAUUUCACUAUGGCAAAUUCUUCCUUCAUUACACCACCAGCAACAACAAGUGAUAUUGAUCAGAUGCCCAGUGUUUUUGCCUUAUCAACAACAGCAACACCACCACCACCACCACCACCACUAAAUAGCAUCUUUGACAUGAUGCCAUGUGAUAUUAUUGGUGGUGAUCAAAAGGCUGGGUCUUUAGGAUUUAUAGAUUUGCUUGAUAUCAACCAAGAUUUUGGUACCGCUGCUUCUUUAUUCGAUUGGUUUGCUCAAAAUCCGAUUGUGGGGUCUCAGCAGCAACAAACUUUCGUCCCAUCACCGGCAUCAACUCUACCGGAAACAUCAGAGGUUUUGAAUAACCCAGCAACUCCAAAUUCAUCAGCUUCUAUCUCUUCCUCUUCGAAUGAAGCAGGAAACGAUGCCUUCCAACAAGUUAAAACUGGAGAUCAAGAAGAAAAGCACGAUCACGACAAGACCAAGAAACAGUUGAAACCGAAAAAGAAGAACCAAAAAAGGCAAAGAGAGCCGAGAUUUGCUUUCAUGACAAAGAGUGAAGUCGAUCACCUAGAUGACGGGUUUAGGUGGAGGAAGUACGGCCAAAAAGCUGUGAAAAACAGCCCCUAUCCAAGGAGUUAUUAUCGUUGCACUAGUGCAGGAUGUGGUGUGAAGAAGAGAGUGGAGAGAUCAUCUGAUGAUUCAUCUAUAGUUGUUACAACAUACGAAGGUCAACACAUACAUCCAAGCCCAAUAACUCCUAGAGGAAGUGUUGGAAUUUUGGCCGACUCAACUGGUUUUGGUGCUGCAACAUCAUCUUUUGUUAUUCCACAAACUCAGUAUCAACAACAUGCCUACAUGUAUAGCUCAUCACCUUCUUUGAACAUUACCACAAGUAAUACUAGUUUUAGUCCCACCUUUUCUUUUCACCAGAGAAGGUCGGAUAGUCCAUCUUCUUUGCUUAGAGACCAUGGCCUUCUUCAGGAUAUUGUGCCCUCCCAGAUGAGGAAGGAGCCUAAAGAGGAGUAGAAAUAUUUCCUAUUAGAUAUCGGUAUGUAUUUGAUCUCUAACUUACUUGUGGGGUUCUGUAUUUGUAGAAGAUCCCAGUUUACAUUCUUCAUGAUACAGAACUUUAUUGAUGUUGGAAAAUGACUACCCUUGUAGCUUUUGCGGGAGAAGACUAGUUAAUCUCUUGAUUUCUUUUGUUGUAUUCUUUGUAUCCAGAGAUUAUUACAUUACGGAGAUGUUGGGUGUUGUGUCAUCGUUGUUCUUUUAAGCUAUUCAAUCUCCUUA